CUAUACUUUUUUGUGUUCAAUUUUUUUUUCACAUUUGUGUGUGUCUUUCAACUUUCUCAUCCUACAUAUACAAUUGAAGGCUACUCAUCAAACGACCGAAGAAAAAAAAAACCUUUUUUUAGAAAGAACAACAACAUAUGUUUCGCCCAAAUACCGCUGCCGACUUGAACGAGUUUCCUGCGUUAGGAACACCACCGACUAUGAACCGUACAGUGAACAAUAAUAACGCAACACUGCCGAACAACAGCAGUAGGCUAUCCAACAGUUAUGCUUCUACAGCUGGAAACAAUGCCUAUUUACAGCAGCAACAUGAAUUGGAAAGUAUGAAUUUCUAUAAUAAAACCAAUCCUUUAGUCUUUGGUGGUGGAAGAACCAACAAUCAAUUCCACGCAGGCGAUUUACAGCCUUCUUCUAAUGGCGCCGUUGCUACUCGAACUGACAUUCCACCACGAUCCUUUUCCAUGGAUGAGUUUCCAGCGUUACGUAGUACGGCUUCGGCUUUCGAUAAUGCGAUAAACAGCGUCAAUAGGGGGGGUAUGGAAUCCGGGAACAGUAACAACAAUGCUAUUGGCGGUAAUAGUAAUAGUAAACCUGAACAAUGGCUGGAUUAUGCUAAUUUAAGAGACAGCCAACAACAGCCAUCAGGUGAAUGCAUCAAACCGAAUGAUUCAUCUGAAAGCUGGCUGCAACAACAACAACAACAACAACAACAACAACGGCCGCAACAGCAGCAGCAGCAACAGCAACAGCGAAAACCAGAAGAUUCAUCAGCGGAUGGAAAACAAACGGAUCCCUAUGGACUCUUAGGGUUAUUGGGUGUGAUUCGCAUGACUGACCCAGAUCGUAGUAUGUUAGCUUUGGGUAGUGACUUGACUACACUUGGUCUUGAUCUAAAUACAGCAGAUUCGAUAUAUUCAACAUUCAUAUCACCAUGGUCAGAUACACAAAAUUUACCAGGGUUGAAUGUUGAACCCGGCUACUACUUACCUGCAUGUUAUCGUAAUGUGCAAGCAACCCCUCCUGCUCAUCAACGUAUGAGAACAUUCUCAGACGAAAUUCUGUUUUAUGUGUUUUAUUGUAUGCCAAAAGACAUUGCUCAAGAGGCGGCUGCUCAAGAAUUAUACAAUCGCAAUUGGCGUUAUCAUAAAGAAUUGGGAUUAUGGUUAACGAAAGAAGCAGACGAGAAUGGUAGACCCGUGCAAACUUUCCGAAGGGCAUCACCAAAUGUUACUGUGGAUCGAGGCGUGUAUGUAUUUUUCGACCCUACAACGUGGCAAAAAGUGAAACGAGAAUGGACAUUUUCUUGGGAUGCCAUAGAAGAAAGACAAGCUAGUCAGCAACUUUCAUCAGCGAACUCUACUACAUCUAAUACAUCGAACCCUAACCUUAACACAAAUAUCCCCGCCACUAGCUCUAGUACAACAGUAAAUGCAUUGUCAAAUAUGGCACCAAAUCAACCCAACAGCAGUAACGUGACAGGGUCUUCAAAUGCCAGUUCAAAUAGAAUAUUGAUGUAAAUGCAUAGUUUUUUUUUGUUGAAUAAAUCAGACGAAAAAACCCCUCCACAAAGACAAAGCAUACGCGCAAAAAUAUGGGAGAAAUAUAUUACAGCAAAUCAAUGAGAGCAAAAAC